GUCUAUUGAAGAGAGAUGAGCAAUUUCAGCUGGUUAAGGACCUCUUAUCUGAAACACGCGAUCCUAGCAUCUAAUGUGGCUGGUAGCGUAGAAUCGUUGAGCCCCAAGCAAACACGGGUACGUCAGAGCGCGGGACGGGUGAUAAUGCAAUUACUUGUAGUAAUCUGUCGGCGCGGCGUGCCGGUGGGAGUCAGUCAGGCGCGCUCAGCCACACACUGCACAGACAUGCGCGGAAGCACUGCGGGGCUGGCCGACACGCUGGCGAGCGGCUCGCGCGCGCACGCCGCACUGCUCGAGUGCGCCGACGCGCUCUUCGCGAGCCUCGUGGUGGCACCAGCCGUCGUCACCUACUGGAAGUCCACAUGGACCCUCAUGGACCUGUACGUGCUGCCCGACGACCCCGUGGGCAGCGCGGCCGCGUGUGCUGCCUUCGGACUGUGCUGUGACUUGUUGUUUUCCGUGUUCCAAACGCAACUGAGCAAAUACCUUAGGCCGGAGCGGGGUAGGCUGACGUACUACAUAGUGUCGCGGCUGUGCACGGGCGUGGCAGGCGUGGCGUGCGUGGGUGCGUGGCGUGGAGUCUGGAACCUGCUGAACGAGUGCACGGGCGACAGCGCGCGCACGCUGCUGUCCACCACGGCGGCGGCCACGCUGUCGCUGGCAGCACUCCGGGCGCUGCGGAACAUCUGCGCCGCGCCCUUCGCUGUCGCCGUUGACUCUCCUCAGGAUUACUUUGAUGUGCCCACGAUGUUCCGUACGAACAGCAGAGAGACGAUGCUGUACAUCCUGGACUGCAUCUUCUCGGUGACGGUGGUCGGCUCGCUGGUGGUCUUCGUGUGGCGCGGCUCCUGGGCACUGCUCGACAUCUUCCUCUUCCCUGACGACAAGACGAAAUCCUGCUGGACUUCAUUGAUAGUAGGCUACGCAGUGGUGAUAGUAACGUUCGCCCUGCAAGCUCCGGUGCGCUGGUCUGCCGCGAGGCUGCACGGCGCGCCCCGGCUGCUGCUGGCCGAUGUGUACCACUUCAUCUCCUUCAUAGCCACGGUGAACGUGUGGCGGGGCGUGUGGGGACUGCUCGAUAUUUACUUCUUCCCAGAAUCACCAAAGCUCAGCAAUUGGAGCUCCCACAUCAUCAGCUUGACGCUCCUCAUCCUGCUGAACUGCUCCAACUCCGUGAUCGUCCGAGGGGUCUACAUCGACGCCGAGGAGCCAGCGGGAGAGUGCGUGGUCUUCCCUUGCCACUACCUCAGGCUAUUCUUCCAUAAAGAACGAACCAAGAAGAGACACAGAAGAGCUUUACAGGCUGCAGCAGCUGCUGGUAGAAAGCCAGAAGAUGCCAGCGUACCUUUACAAAUACCAGAAGAAAAGGUCUAGUUUUAAAGAUGUGUUCCACAGUAGUGAAGGAACUUUAUUUGUAUGGUUAGUCCCCAGUGAUGCAGUGUUUUAAGUGAACAAGGGGAUCGAAGCUAAUAACAUAUGGAGUAAUAUUAACGUGACCCGCCUAUGGAAUAAAAUACUACUUAUAAGAGCGAAAAUGGCUUAAAAUACCUGAUACUUUCGAAUGAGAACGAUUUUGAAUCAAGUUGGUCCAAAUCGUUUGUACUAUCUCAUUUUGAUAAUUUAGUAGUACUAAUUUUGCUCCUAGGUAAGAAUUUCGCCUCUAUUCGAAGUAUUUAUAAUCAUCAUUUUUCUAUAAACGUGAUUGUAGUACAAAACGCAACUUACUAUCAUCCCCAAACUCGAAUAAAAACACAACACAAAAUAAUACGUAGUGAAUAGUGAUAAAAAAAUCGUAGCCGAAAAUCUCGUAGCAAUUUUCGUAGCAAAAGACGUAGCCCGUAGCAUUUUUCUUUAACUUUAAACUUUGUCAAAUUCAACACUGUUACUGCAUAAAUAUUUAGUGCUCUUUGUGAUUGUUGUUAUAUGUUUUUUCUACUAUAAUUAUAAUACGUUGUAUACGCAAUAAAAAGGUAGUACAAAAACAAUUUCUAUUGCAAAAGUCAUAUGGCUUAUUUUCGAAUCUACUUCAAACAAUAUUAAUAUGUAACAUAGUGUACGCGACUUUACAAAACUACCUCUUCUUUCAUCCUAUUUUAUAGAAUCUUUUUAUAAUUCAAAUAUUCCUUUGCAUUAUCAAACGCCUGUCAUAAUACUACUAGCAAGUUUUGGUACUUCGUUGUAUAAUUUGAACAAUCGUCACAGCAUAAUCUUCACGUCACAUUUCCUUAGCUUAAUUUAACAUAAGUAUUCGUUCUAAGUCAAGAUAUUAAAGUCUUUACUAGUUUUUAAAGUAAAAUAUGUAAAUAUGAUACAAAACAGUUGUAAGCACUAAGUUAUUGUAAGUACUGUUGAACAAAACAUAAUAAACGUAUUGCUAUUUUA